GUCCUUCUGAGGUCUGGCUAAACUGUAAGGAUCUGAAGUGGAACCUUCCCGAAGACUUCAUUGACUCUGGGCAGACUUCAGCAUCUCUUCCUGAUUAUUCUCUGCAAACUCUUCUUGGAAGCAUUUUAGUUCACCAUUACUAAAUCUGUUUCAUUCUUCUUUUAUCAGCAUGUCAAGCCCUCUCCAGUUUUUAAACCACUCAAAUCCAGGCAGGCUUGCUACGGCCCAAAGCAAAGGGCCUCACAAGGCUAAGCCAUCGGAACUCAGGCAUCUAUCAACUUACACAUCUCGGAAAAAUAGCCCAGGGGCUUGUUUUGAUCCACCUCUUGAAGUGGUUCCGACAAGGAACCCAAUCACGUGCAACAAAAGGGCAGCUGACCCAGUCCAUCCUGACCUUGCUGGUUUGUUGGUGAAAUACAAGAAUCUUUUAGCUGAGCUAAGAAAUCCUCGAAACAAACUUUUCAUAAAAGAAACUUCAUUGCAAGAGAUGAAGAAUGAGCUAGAAAGUUACAAAGAAAAUAAUGUGCAACAGUCUUUCCAGAUAAUGUCCCUGAAAGAUGAUAUCAAGGACCUAGAAGAACUUAUUGCUUCUCUAACCCGAAUUAAAUCUUUGAAAAACACCAAUAUUCAGAGUCUUGAAAGAGGCAACUGGGAUCUAACUAGAAGAAUUAUAGAACUAGAAAACCUUCUAAGAGUACAUCUGAUUGAAAGAAAAAAAGCAGAGGAAAAAGUAGACCUUUUGGAGAAAAAGUUAGCAGGUGUUAACAGAUUCACCCCUUAUAUGAGUAUGAAAGAACAAGAAGACAGUUUCAUGACGAAGAGAGCUGAAGGCCUCCAGCAGGAAGUUCGGAUGCUCACUAAGCAAUUGGAGAAGCAGUAUCAUCACUGUGAAGAAACUGCUGGAGAAUCAUCUGAUACUGAGGAAAAGUAUAAGGAACAAAAAAGACCCUUGAAACGUCUGGAAGGAAAAAUUGCUAUUAAUGACCUUUUUCCAGGGAGAUUAGACUUGGACACGAACAAAGAAAACUCCCAGACUAAGAUUUCCCAGAUGGAGCAUGGCAAAACAUUCAAGCAGCUAGAGAAAGACAACAAGCAAGAAACAUUACUGAAUAUUCAGCAGAAUUUGAAGGUUGUUACAACUCAAAGAUUAGAGGAGAAAAUUCAUAAACUUCAGAAACAGCUCAGUGACUUGAAAUUGUCAAAUAAAAAUAUGAAAGCUCAACUGACAAAAGUAAAUGUCCUUAAAGACAAAACAAUUGAGAAGCUCAGGCAAUCUUUAACAAAAGUUGAAGCAAUGAAAGGGAAGGCAGUUAUGGAAACAGACUUGAAAACUACAGUAGACUCUGCUGAACAAGACGCAAGGUGGGACAAAGAGAGGGCCCAUCAAAUGUUACAAACCGUCACUCCUGAGCUCUGCACAGCAAAGAGCACACUUGAAGAAGUACCGGGACAACAAGAAGAGCUUGUUGACUUUCGAGAAACUAUUAUGAAGAUGUUGGGAUUUAACAUGAAAACAGCAGACAAGAAAAUCAUCAGUCACCUAAGGCUUAUUAUACAAGUAUAUGAAGCAUCUGACACAUCAAAGAUUGCUUCUGCAUGUGAGACUGGAUAGGAUAACAAAUAAAGAAUUUCUGCCAACCAGAACUCAGCAGACAUGGACAUUUCCUCCAGCAUCUUGAA